AUGGUAAGAUGCCUAAUACUAAUAUUUAGCUUAAGCGUGGGCGUGAGUAACUGCCGUGGAGAUGCCCCAGCAGGAACCACGUCGAAUGUGAGGGUGAGGGCCACUUAUCAUUUCUAUAACCCCCAGAAGGUUAACUGGGACCUUUACGCCGUCAGUGCAUAUUGCUCGACAUGGGACGGGAACAAGCCCCUCUCUUGGAGGAUGAAGUAUGGUUGGACCGCCUUUUGUGGUCCUUCCGGUCCAAAAGGGCAGGCAUCGUGUGGCAAAUGUCUCUUGGUGACAAACACACGGACAGGGGCAAAAAGAACUGUAAGGAUAGUGGAUCAGUGCAGCAACGGAGGGUUGGAUUUAGACGAGGGAGUGUUCCGGCAGCUUGACACCGACGGGAGUGGGAUUGCCCAGGGUCACCUUAUUGUUGAUUACCAAUUUGUGGAUUGUGGCAAUCAUCUCCAAAUAUAUUCUUAUUAA